ACCAAGCGGUUUUGGGCUGAUUCUGGUUUUAGGUAGUGGGAGCCCAACUCUGGAAGCAAGUGCAAACUGGAAAAGCAGCGCCGGAGUCGCUGAUGCGUCUGAGGAUUUGAGAUAACCAAAUGGAAACGAGAAAACCAGAAAUCCGGCAGCUUCUCAGGGACAAAAGAUUCUGGUUCGCCUCUUUCCUCAUUGUUUGGGCUGCUGGUCUCCAGGGGCAUAUGAUGUGGAUACAGAGGCAAGAUUCCUUCAAGCAGAAGUUUGGGAAUAUUAACCCGGAAAUGGAUUCCGAGAAGGCUGUUGAAAAUCAAUAGUAGUUCUGGUCAUUAGUCUCCUUGUAAAAAGACUACAGUAAUGAAUUAGUGGCCUUAACGAGUUCUAGUCUCAGGACUUGAAGAGUAUGAGGGCUGCUUUGCUUGAUCUUGGUGAAAUUUAUAUACUUGAUUUUGCUGGUAACAUCAUGGGCGUGAUCCAUUGUGUGUGGCCGUGGCGUGCGCAAUUCCUGAGCCAAUUGUUUGGGAGGUUAAGAUACCACGUGUGUCAUUAUCAUUCCACAUCGACCGGAAAUUGGACUUGAGCUUAAUAUAAGCCUCAAGGCUCCCCUCUCGUCAUGACUAGGUGCAUUUUCAAGAUAAAAUCAUUUGGUCUUAGGAGAUUGUUUAAUUUCGUAGGGAGUAGCCAAGGAAAAUUAGUGAAAUUUGUUGUUUUAUGUUUUAUUUUUACAUUUGAACUAAUAUCAUGGCUUCUUAUGUACUCCAAUCAAAUCCUGUAUAAAGGUUGAUGGAGCCUGAUUUUAGCUGCCCAAGAGCAGCACACUUCA